AUGUUUGACGGCCUCCAGGAGGGGAAGGAGUCUCUCCAAGAAAUGGCCAUACCACACUCUGCCGACGUGGACAGCUCCAUCAAGAGGAUCCUCCUGGAUUAUAAAUAUUGUAGCGCAUAUUGUCUGUAUUUAAUUUCAGAUGUCCAAUGUAGAUGGGCGCUAUGUGCCAUCGAGGAGGAGAAAGCACCUAACAUCUCUACCCCCCUGAAUAAGGACCAGGUUCCCCUCACUGACACUCCUGUCGUGGUGCAGCAACACAAUGUCCCUCCACAGAAGUUUGUCCUUAUCUCUGCCAAGGGAAGUCACAUAUUCCACAAGUUGCGGCCGGUGGACCAGCUGCGCCACCUACUGGUGUGCGGUACUGGUGGAGAGAGGGAAGAAGUCGAACGCUUCUUCAAACUGCACAGGGAGGAGCAGGCGUGUGCCACUGCUCUGAUGAGAUUCCCCUCGGCUCAUUCUGCUCCUAGCAGCAUUGGCGCGCUGUUUGGCUCUCCUGUACCAGGAUCCCAUAUGUCUGUUGGUAGCAGCCCCAUUCCUAACCCUAGUUUCCUUACACCGGCUCCAGGUAUGAUGCCCCAGUGUGUGUCUACGCCCCAUGUACCAGCCAUGCCCUCCGCCCCCAUCGCUGGCUUGUCCUCUGGGCCAGAGGUGGUCUUCUUAGGGAAGCACAACGGCAUCAGUGCCUACUUCACACGUAUACUGGGUAAUAUCUGGGACGGGAGUCUUGCUAUUGAGAAGAUCGUCAUGAAAGGAAAUCAGGCUGUCAGUAUUUUGGAGAGCACAGCCAGCUCAUCUGAUCUGGAGUCAGUUCUUCUGGAGAUCUAUGGUCUGAAGGACUUCCUGGAUAAGAACUCCCAGUUCAGCCCCUCGUCUCUGGGUACAGCCAGUUUUAGCUCACCUGCCAAUCUGCAGCAGCGGCUGCAAGGAUUCAUGCGGCCUGAUGGAGGAGCCAGUUCUCAGCAAGUUCAGCAGGAACUCCAGAGGAAGUACCACACCGAGGCUCAGGUCUAUGAGAAGAUGUCCCUGCAGGGUAUCCAGCAGCUGGUGCAUCGUUCCUGUCAGACCCUGGCCCUGUGGAAGCUGCUGUGUGACCACCAGUUCAGCCUCAUUGUCUCUGAACUACCCAAGGAGUUCCAGGACCAGAUGAAGGGGGUGAGUUUUAAGGACGUGGUGAUCUGGGGUCGGGUGCUGACCGAAGCCCUGAUCACAGGCCUCAUCAAUGUCCACAUCAAAGACUUUGCCUCUGUAGAUGCCAUAAGCACCCACCUCAGAGACAUCUGUCCCCUACUGUACAGCAGUGACGACAGCAUCUGUUCAAAUGCUAAUGAGUUGCAGCAGGGCUCCAGACAGAUCCAUAAUAGGACAGAUAAGGAGAGAACACUGAGAGAGUCACUACAGCUCUACCAGCUGAUCAGCCAUCACACAGACCUGCCACUGGUCUGCUCCCAGUACAGACAGGUGCGUUUCUAUGAGGGAGUGCUGGAGCUGUGCCUGACUGCAGCGGAUAAGAAGGAUCCUCAGAGGCUGAGACCUCGCAUCUAUAAGAACGGAGAGCCAGAGGAGGAUCAGACUGGAGCACUGGCCUUCCAGGAGAGGUUGUCAUGUUAUAAGUGUAUCACAGAAACCAUACAGGACCUGGUGAACCAAAGUAAAGCUGCACCUCAGUCUCCCAGCGUCCCUAAGCAGCCAGGACCCCCUGUCAUGACCUCUGACCCUAACAUGCUGAGUAACGAGGAUGCCACCGCCCAUUUUGAGCAGAUUAUUUGUCUGGCCCAGAGGUCACAGGAUGAACUCUUCCACAUAGCCCUCUACAACUGGCUUAUACAGGCUGACCUCACCGACAAGCUUCUGGAGGUGAACUCUCCUUAUCUGGAGGAUCACCUGAUGCACAUGAUCAAACAGGAGCAGAGUAAGGUGCGGAACAUGGACCUGCUGUGGAGAAACUACGAGAAGAGUUGCAGCUUUGGGGCAUCAGCUCACGUCCUGGCCAGGCUUGCAGACAUGCUCAGUACUGAGAUCUCGCUGAAGCAGAGGCUGGAGUACAUCUCCAGGGCCAUCCUGUCAGCCAAGAGCUCCUCCUGCAUCUCUGCCCAGGGAGCUGAGGGGGAGUUCCUGCACCAACUGGAGGAGAAGAUGGAGGUGGUCCGUAUUCAGGUCCAGAUCGAGGAUACUCUGAGCAGACAGUACCCCCAGCAUCCCUCUGUACAGGGAGCCGUGUCACAACUGGAUUCAGAGCUUAUGGACAUCACCAAGCUAUAUGGGGAGUUUGCAGAUCACUUCCGGUUGCCUGAAUGCAAGCUGGCCAUCAUCCACUGUGCGGGUCACUCUGACCCCAUCCUGGUGCACUCUCUGUGGCAGGAGGUCAUGGAGAAAGAGCUGGGUGACAGUUUGGCCAAGAGUCCAGCUGACAGAAUGAGCGCUCUGAAUCUCAAACUGGUGUCUCUUGGAAAGAUCUAUGCUGGAACACCCAGAUACUUCCCUCUAGAAUUCCUGGUGAAGUUUUUGGAACAGGUGGUGUGUCGUCUGAACUGGAACGUGGGCUUCGUCACGUUCACCAUGCAGGAGAUAGGCUUACAGCUGACCUGUCUGCUGGCGGUCUAUGACCAACUCUUCAAGACACGGGAUCCAUGUUGGCAGCGUCUAAAGCAGCCUCUCCACCUGGUAGAGUGUAUCCAUGUGCUGCUGUCAGGAUACGUGGAGGAUCCCAGCAAAGUACCAACAUCUGACCGACGGCGGUUCACUAAUGUGUGUCUGGAUAACAUCUGUGGUUACCUGGUGGAGCUGCAGUCCCUGAGUCCCAACGCUGCCCUGCAGCUCACCAUCGGCAACUUCAAGGCCCUGCAGGCCAAGCUGGAGAAAGUUCACUAAAGAGGUCUCCAGGGGUCACAGGAGGAUGCUCAAUUAAAGGGACAGAUUGAGACACUGCAACUUUUGGAGUGCUAAAUACAGAGACCUCAAGAUUGAUAGAGAGGUUUACAGUUGUGAAUAACAUGAUUUGAACAAUUCCCUUCCUCUUUCUAUAUCUUCUGUUGUAGAUGAUUUCUGAGAGUGGCGUGACAUUGAGAACAGUUUGUUCUCUGACUGCAGUUACAUCUCGAGGGAUUAACACCCCCACAUUUCUCAUGAAGAGGGGUGUAUUGACCAACUCGCUCUACACCCCUAUCUUCAGAUGUUUUACAUCCUGUUUUUAACUUAUUUUAUAAGUACAGUAUGCAUUUUGUUUUGAACAAAAAGCCUAGAAGUUCUGUUAAGAGGUUAGGACAACCACUUAUUGGUGGCUGAGGGAAUUGUAUUGUUCUCACAAAAAUGUAUGUUUGGAAAACAACAUGAACUGUUGUUCAGAUACCGAAUGAGAGUACAAUACUUUACAAGGAUGGGAUCUUCAUUUAAAUCUAAAUCAUGGAGUUGCUGUUCUUCUCAUGUGGGAAAAGUAUUGAAUGUACAUAUGUUGAGGAGAAAUGCACUUACAUGAUUGCUCUCAGAUGGCUUGGUCAUUUUGUUUGAACUUAAAUCCAUAUGCUGAUGUCUUUCCCUCUACAUGCCAUGAUUGAGUCAUAAGUAUUGCCGUGUGUUACAUGGACAUUGUGAUUUGAGGUUACAUGGACAUUGUGAUUAAGACAGCAUCCUCCACUCAUGUAAGCCCAUUUUAAUUCCCCCCCAGUUUAGAUGUCAAGAAGACUUUGUUAAGCUGUUUGUAUUUGGGUUUGUCUGUACAAAUCAACCUCUGUAAUACAAAGGGGAAUAUUUGUACUCCAAAUAUUCAGCUCGGAAGGCCUUCUCUUCUGCCAAAGGCUUAUAACAACAAUGACAACUAAACCCUUCUUUUACAUGUUGUGUUUGUAUUUUCUCUUUUUCUAAAUGACCAGACACCUUGAACAGUCUGUUUGCUUUGACUAGUUAAGUAGCAUUUGAGUGUUUGUCUGAUUUAUGUAUCUUGUACUCAACUGAGAUUUCGUGGUUAUGCCAGAAGUCCUUGAUCCAUGCCUUGUAUAAUGGUGCUGUUCAAAUGACUUUAGUCUGACAACUUAGGCAUGCUAUUUUACAAAUUGAAUCAUUAAAAUUUGUCAAGUUUCUUUGGUUGAAGGUUUUGUAUAAUAAAACCUGCAACCUGUUUUCAGUAUAAUAAAAACACACUUUUUGUACAA